UUCAGUCCAUCUUUCUUUUUCCGGCAAACUUUGCCCGCUGUCGAACACAUUUCGUGGUAGCAGCGAAAGGAUUUUCGAUUUUCGUGCACAAUGGUCAAUCUAAGGAAAAGGAAGAAGACCAGGAAGCUGCGUGGCCAUGUCAGCCACGGUCACGGUCGCAUUGGCAAGCACCGCAAGCAUCCUGGAGGUCGCGGUAACGCUGGUGGCAUGCACCACCAUCGUAUCAACUACGACAAAUACCAUCCCGGUUACUUCGGCAAAGUCGGUAUGCGGAACUUCCACUUGAACCGCAACCACAAGUUCUGCCCGACGCUCAACCUCACCAAGCUGUGGGCUCUGGUGCCGGAGAACAUACGUGAAGAAGCCAAGAAGAACCCCGAGAAGGUCCCCGUGAUUGAUCUGGUGAAAUUCGGUUACUUCAAGGUGCUCGGUACCGGAUACCUUCCCAAGAAGGCGCCCAUCAUCGUCAAGGCGAAAAUGUUCUCCCGCAAGGCCGAAAUGAAGAUCAAGCUGGCUGGUGGUGCGUGCGUGCUGCGGGCUUAGAAUUUGUUCAACAAAACGAGCGAAGGAAGAGCUGCACACACAAACUGUUACUACUCGGCCGAUGAUGGAGUAGGCGGGAAAAAUAAACAUCUACACCCGGGCACUGGAAACCAAAUGCGACAUCCCUUUUUACGGAACUGAAACACCUGCUGCUCCGUGUUUACUUUCUAUUUGCUCCUGCCGGGUUGCGGAUAUCCUUGUUUUCGUACAACAGUUCGUGUGUAUUGUAGGGGGAAUGGUUGGAAGCUGUUUGCGGUGGCGUUUGCGUGUCCGGCGUCCGUGGACGGUGCCGGUGCGUGUAACGUUGUCACGAAGAGAGAAAAGAUGAGAAUACAAAAAGAAAGUAAUACCUUAAACAUC